GGUAUGGAACUCUGUGUCUGGACACUCAAAUACGUCAUCCAGGUACGUAGCUACUGUAGCUAGCUUGGCCUUGAACAAUAAUGGGAAAUGUGAAUACUUUCUUGACUGAAGACGAUUAUCAGCAGAUUCACGAUGAAACUGGAUUUUCGGAGAGUCAAAUAAGGCGUUUGUACUCAAGGUUUGCCCACCUGGAUAAGAGAAGCAAAGGAUACCUAAUUAGGGAAGAUAUGAUGUUAAUACCAGAGCUGGCAGUUAACCCACUCGGAACACGCAUUAUUGAAGCAUUCUUCACAGAUGAGAGAAAUGGCAAGAGCUCAAUAGAGACAAUUAACUUCCGCCAGUUUGUCAGGACCCUGGCUCGAUUCAAAAAGUCUCCUCGUGCCCAGGAGGGUGGUCUCAACACUAGAGACAUGAAACUCGACUUUGUAUUUAAAGUUUAUGAUACGGAUAGAGAUGGAAAGAUAUCAAAAGAAGAUUUACAACAUGUGUUAUCGGCAAUGGUAGGACUGCACAUACCAAAGGAUCAGUUGAACUCCAUAGUACGGAGGACAAUGAAGGAGGCGGACGAGAAUGAGGACAAUCUCAUAGACAUGGGGGAAUUCACUAGGUGCCUGGAGCAGUUGGACCUGGAUGACAAAAUGAGUAUCCGAUUUUCGCAGACUUAAAUCUAGUAAUUGCAAUUAUGUAGUAACCUGAUUUUUAUCCAGAUGUUUUCAGUUGAUGAUAUCAUAGUGCA